AUGCCUCUUAUUGGUGCCUCUGAUGCCACCAUGUGUAAAAUAUUUCCCGCUACUCUUGGAGGAGACGCUCGUCGAUGGUACUCUCAGCUUCGCAAUGGUAUCAUCAACAACUUCACUGAAUUUUCCACACUAUUUCGGUGCAAGUUUUAUGCCCAAAAGCGACAAUCAGUGAGCAUUAAUCAGCUCAUGAAUACCAAGCAACGAGAGGGCGAGGCUUUAAAAGCCUAUUAUGCUAGGUACAACACCUUGGCUAUAGGCGUCACUUCCCUCUCUGUUGAAGUAAUUGUCAACACAUUGACACGAGGAACAACAAACAGUCUUCUCCGGGCUUCCCUCAUCAAGAAGUCCCCUCGGAGUAUGUUUGAGCUACAGGAGCGGGUCAUGAAGUACAUCGGUCUAGAAGAAGCUUUACAAGAUUCCUCUUACGUUGUGCCAAAGCGUAGGAGGGAUUCGCCUCCGCCAAACCGAGAAACUUUACAACGCCCCCGGCCAACUUUGGAUAACAUACCCAAGGCUCAAAAAGAUGAUCGCAGAAGGGAUGGGCCAUUCCCUCCAGGCCAAAAUUUUACCCCACUCAACAAUCCCCGGAGGAAUGUUCUCCAGGUCAUUCAAGAUAAAAAGCUUCCGGUGACAUGGCCACCUCGAGGUCGCAUAAAACCAAUAAAAGGAAAGAACCAAUUUUGUGACUUUCAUCGGGGAUACGGGCAUGACACCGAGGAAUGCGAAAAAUUGGGAAGAUCCAUCGAGGGACUGAUUCAAAAUGGGCAACUUAAGCAGUUCAUCCAAAGUUCCAAAGGCUCAAUCCAACAACCUUCGUCAUCGGACAAAGGAAAAGCUCCACAAGGAAGCGGACCUGUGUUAGGAGUUGUCCCAGUCAUACAUGGAGGAACUGGACUACGACAGGAAUUGUCCACCUCUCGUAAGACGUAUGCUCGAACUUUGGUUGGCUCCACCUCCACUAUCUCAGAUCAAAAUCCUAUCAUUUUUGAUUCCCGAGAUCUCGAGGAUAUCGAAUAUCCCCAUGAUAAUCCUCUGGUGAUUGAGGCUACCAUCGCCAACUACACUGUAAAACGAGUUCUCAUUGACGAGGGAGCUCAGCCGACCUACUUUUUUACCCCGCUUUUUGCUCAUUGGGUUUUCGUUUGGAUCGGUGUCAACCUUCCAGUGUCUUUCUUUUAG